AUGGCAGCCAUCCCUCUUCUCGGUUCCUACAAGAUGGGCAAGUUUGAUCUCUCCCACAGGGUUGUUAUGGCACCGUUGACAAGAUGCAGAUCAUAUGGCAGUGUUCCUCAGCCUCAUGCUGCUGUCUACUACUCUCAAAGAGCCACCGAUGGAGGCCUGCUCAUCGCAGAAGCAACAGGAGUCUCGGACACUGCUCAGGGAUAUCCUGAUACUCCUGGAGUUUGGACAAGAGAGCAAGUGGAGGCAUGGAAGCCCAUCGUAGACGCUGUUCAUGCCGAGGGUGGAGUCUUCUUCUGCCAGCUUUGGCAUGUUGGCAGAGUCUCCGACACUAGUUACCAGCCUAAUGGACAGCAUCCAAUCUCUAGCACUGACAAGCAGGUUCUAUCACAAAUGCCUGACGAUGCCUCCGUCGAAGAGCACUCUCGUCCUCGAAGACUACUGACCGAAGAGAUCCCUCGAAUCGUCGAGGAUUUUAGACUGGCGGCCCGGAACGCCAUCGAAGCUGGCUUCGAUGGAGUGGAGAUCCACGGCGCAAAUGGCUACCUGAUCGAUCAGUUCAUGAAAGAUAGCGUGAACGACCGAACCGAUAAGUACGGCGGGAGCUUGGAGAACCGAUGUCGCUUUGCGUUGGAGGUAGUCGAAGCGGUCGCCGAUGAGAUCGGAGCGGAUAGAGUUGGGAUGCGACUGUCGCCGUUCAUGGACUGCUUGGACUGCUGGGAUUCAGACCCCGAGGCACUUGCUCUCUACAUGGUGCGAGAACUGAACAAGCACGGCAUCCUCUACUGCCACAUGAUAGAGCCCAGGAUGGCCAUGGUCAGUGGCAGGUAUCACAUCCCUCACCGGCUUCUUCCCAUGAGGAAGGCGUUCAAGGGAACCUUCAUCGCCGCAGGAGGCUACGAUCGCGACGAAGGUAACGAGGUUGUGGAUGAGGGAUACACAGAUCUGGUGGCUUUUGGCAGACUGUUCUUGGCGAAUCCUGACUUGCCCAAGAGAUUUGAGCUGAAUGCUGCAUUGAACGAGUAUGACAGGAACACCUUCUACACCUCUGAUCCAGUUGUUGGGUACACAGACUACCCAUUCCUGGAGAACUCUGCAUGAACAGUAGAGGACGGAUUUGUUCCACUCCACUUUUUUUUCCAUACUCAAUAUAACGCCAUUACCGUGUGUUAAUUGGAUACAAUAAAUGAUCCAACACAAUAAUUCAAAGCAAAAUCAUCAUCACUUU